UUACGUCAAAACAUCACAUCACAAGUGACGUUUACAGAUUUUCAUGUUGGUGAUAUAAAUUUGCAGAAAAUUGGCCACGCAGUAUGGGAGAUGCACCAGCUUCUGAAAAGGAAUCCCCAAAUUCUGAUCCCUACCACAAUGAACCACCAGGCGCGGACCGGCGUCCAUUUGGUGGACUGGAGUUCCAAGUUUCGGAAGUGGUUGGACGACUAGAAGCCGGUGUGAACGCCCAAGAGACUCCAGAAGAUGAUAAGAAGCGAGAACAGCGCAAAAUAAGCGCCGGCUUUUUCGAGCCGGAAUCAACGAACAUGGAUGAGAUUUUGAAGGUUUUGGAGGAAUUGGUGGUGAAGACUGAUCCUAAUUGUGAAAGUAUGGAACCGCCGUUGUUGCCUACGGAUGCCACAACCCGUGCGGCUAUUCUAUCUCAUAGUAUUGCAGCAUUAUUUGGGCGUCUGGAGAGAUCGCACGCCGCUCGGCUUGGCGCGCAUAUUGCUACCGAAACAACACGUUGGAUGGCUCAUAUGUUCAGAUUAGACAGUUACAAUGCAUAUUACCAUCAAGAACAGCUUGAGGGGCUUGUUAGGGUCACAAGGAUGUUGCUGCAUCACAGAUACCCUCGCUACUUGGAGGAUGGAGCACUGGCAUUCACAAACCGCCUGCCUUGCAUAUACAGCUGCGUCGCGAGCCCUCUCGGAGUGGUACAGCACCUCUGCAGACAGCUCAGCCUCCCAUUGGCCUGUGUCAAACCCGUGCCAGUACAUGCAUCAGGUCGCGGCAUGGACAUAGAAGCUUUAGAAAGGAUAUGCGACGAUGAUGCCGCCUCUAACCGCAUCCCGCUCUUAGUGCUAGGCGAGGUGGGCGCCCCGCCGUUGGGUUGGAGCUCCCCCGUGGCGGCGCUAGCUCAUAUUUGUAGUAAAAGAGGUUUACAUCUACAUUUAAGUGGACAUGCGUUGGCGUUACCACCCGUUAUGGGUAGAGAUGAGACGUUUAACUUAGCGGACUCCCUGACGCUGACACCUGGGCCUUGGUUUGGGGUACCGGGACUGCCUACUGUCACAUUUUUCAAAAUACCAGAACCAAUCACAGUGAAUGACCAAUCAAAAGGCGUGAAUGCGGUUGGUAGCCGAGAGGGUGCCCUAGCGGCUUUAGCUGGUCUGUCAGUGGGGGGCAGUCGCGUGCCCGCAUUGCCGCUGUGGACGUGCAUCCGCGCGGGCGGCGCUCGCGGCCUCGCGCACAGGCUGCACUCCGCCUUCCGCGCCGCGCGCGCGCUGCACGCGGCCGUGCGCGGCGUGCGGCUGCGGCUACUGAGUGACAGACCAGGUGGGGAUGAACCACCGACUGUAAGCAUAGUUGAAGCAAUAAGCCACGCAUCGGCCUGUGUAGCGUUCCAAUUCGCGCCGCCCGGGGUUGAAAAGCCGCCUCCAUACUAUGACAAACUCAAUUCCUGGCUCGGACAAGUUCUACAGAGAGAGGCUGAUAUGAUCAGCAUAGAAGUGUGCGAGACGGAAGCCCACGGCGUCGUGCUGCGCUACUGCCCGCUAGAGGGCGCGGCGCCCGCCCGCGACCAGGUGGGGGCCUGGGCCGCCGAGCUGGAGGCGCAGCUGCACGUGUUGGAAGCUACCGUCGCCCUGAGGGAGACCUUCCACGAGAGGCUGGAGGGCCACGCGUGCCUGAAGCUGGUCCAUGUGCCGGGGUGGGCAGGUCUAGGUGGCGUCCGUUACGUCCCAGCGGGUUGGGAGGACGCCUCUCCGGAGGAAAUAAACAAUUUGAACAGACAAUUAGUUGAAACGCUCCGUGCGACAGAUGGCGCUUUCUCGUGCGGCGACGGUGACGACGGCAUGGCGUGUGUCAGAUUCGGCAUGGUAACAGCGGAUACGGAUGUAGAUGAACUGCUGGAACUGGUGAUGACGGCUGGCAAAGAGGUGGAGGAAAGUUCUAGGGCGCUCACGAAUAUGACGGAAGUUUUGAAGAAGGGCAUCGAAGCCGCCCAAGCGGAUAUAGAGCGAGAGAAUGCUGAAAGACUAUGGCAAGAAGGCCUUCUACGUAGAAUGCCAGUAGUGGGCCGCGUGGUGGACUGGUGGUCACCGGCCAACGUGCCAAUGACCGCAGGAAGGAGAUUGCAUCUCGCUUUAGGAACUCUUCAGACCACAGACGAUGUCUAUAGGUACGUCCAAGAGAAAAACAAACAGAAGCAAGAGGAACCGGAACCGGCGCGGGCGCACUCCCCCACGCGGACUGAGAAGUGACACAAGCACAUCGACAUAGCGAUACACGACUAAUGUUCGCCCAAUGUUUGCUAAUUAUACCAAUAUUGGUUAAAAAUUAAUAAUGAAGUUUGUGUUACAAAAUGUGAAGCGAUAUGUCCAAUGUUUGCUGUUGUUUUACCAAUGUUGGACGCAAUGUUCAUUACGAGAUAUAGUUAAAAAAGAGACAAAUAUAGUGUUUCAUAGCUAACGAUGUUUCUCCAAUGUUUGGUAUUGCGAAAUCAAUGUUUGACAAGUGAUCGAUCUUCAAAGAAAAGCGACAAAUAUAAUGAUUGUCAACUAUGUAACAAUGUUUGCCUCAAGAAUAUCAAACCGAUAUUGAUUGAAGAAUGAAUAAAAAUGUAAAACGAUAUGCCCAAUAUUGGCUAUUAUAUUCCACCAAAUGCUGGACAAAUAUUCUCUACGCGAUAGACAAAUAUUACAUUGUGAUACAGCAAAAAAAUUUUGCAUACUGCAUGCGUUGCUCAAGUCAAUACAACUAACGCCAUCUAUUGGAAUGUAUGUGAAACAUGAUAAUAAUGCUUGUUAGACUAUAUCCGAUAGUAUACCAAAAAUGAGACGCUCUUACGGUGAGGAAACCUGUACCAUAGUCCAAUAUAGGUUGGGUUCCCCUGCAAUGGUUACCGAAGUCAGAUGGGAGUCAUUUUGUGUAAAAACCUGACUCACCCAAUUGACGUUCAUGGUAAAAUGGUGCGCCCGGGCUCCUCUGUGAGGACGUAACCGGCAAUGAUGACAAAAAAUAGAUUUUUAUUCAUAAUAUUACAUCUGAAAUUAUAUAAUUUAAAAAAUUGGUAAACAUUGGACGACAUUGUUAAUAAAAAGCAUCGCGUUGAACUGCCAAAUUACAUUAUUAUUUUAAUUAGCAGAGCUUAUUAAUUAUUAUACUUAUAACGAAUAUGUAUACUUCAUUAUUAUUCGUAUUUAUAAUGUGAUCUGUAUUGUAAAUGCUAGUUUUUAAUGUUAAUAAAAAUAGUGAAAUAUAUAAGGUCAGUACAAAUUAUUUUAAUUCGGCUAUCCAAUUUAUACUCAAUUUAAUUUUGAAGCGCUUGACAAAAUUCGACAGUGUUUCAAAUGUUUCUGUAAGAAAUAAGUCAAGUGUAAUACGCGUUUUAGUUCAGUUAGCGACAAUUUCAAGACAAAUGUCAUUGAAGGAAAAAAAUUACCAAAAAAUUAUUAUUAUUUUUUUCAAUAUGGUUGUUCAGUUAUAAUUUUAUAUGGAAUCUAUCAUUUAUACCCAUAAAAGCAGGACGCUGAGCACUUAUUAAAAGAAACUUUGACCCCUUGUAACCUGUUUUCACUAAUAAAAAUAGAUAUUCAUUUAUAAAUAGUUUUAAUAUGGAGGUUUACUCCAUCAAUUUGAACUUGUACCGACCUUACAUAAUUUUCAAUUAACUAUAACUUACAAACGUACUUUCAGAUAGAAAAAAAAACUGUAGAACAGUUUUUAUUAUUGUCUUGUACUGAUAAAAAUAGCUUGGCAUUCAGAUUGUAAUGUCGUAGGUGUAGUCCAAGGACGGAUAUUUCAGAAUUCCUAAGGGAACUCCGAAGCUAAUUAUCUACAAUAUGACUGAAACGUGACCUAUAAGGGUUUGACAUAAUUUUUCAUCCUUGUAUAAUUGAAAGAAAGAAACUUUUCAUCUUUGAACGAAAAAACUUUACUGUAGAAGAAUCGUUCGUAUGACAAACGACUGUCGGAGAAAAGUAAACUAUUGUAUUAAAGUUCAGUGCAAAUUAUACAUAGAAAUGUAUGUAUGUAAUAGUGUAAUGCUGUACAAAAAUUAGCUUUUCUACUUAGUAGUUUAAACUCUGGUUUUGCUACAUAAACAUAUAUAUAUAGGAUGUUUCAAAUUUAAAUUUAAUCUUUAAUUCACUUGCAUUGAAAGUGUGUUGAUUAUUUUAUAGUUGACAAGUAUGUGAUUUUUUUUUUAUUUUACUAUAUUUCUCUAUGGUAUGUAAGAAAUGGGUACCAUGUGUAAAAAAAAUUACACAAUAGUUUAGAUUGGUCCAGUUCCACAUAUAGCAGGCAUCUGUGGUACUAAGCUGUACUUUUGGUAGCCAAAUAAAUGUGUAAUGUCGUUUUAUGUAUGUGAUUUAAAUCCAAUAAAAAACUUACAAUAUUAAAGAAACACUACCACUGUAUUCGUCUUGUCCUUUUAGCACACAUAAUUAAAUCUUAUUUUUGGUAGAAUUUUAUUUUUAAUUUCAAUUGUGUCAUCACAACUUUUGUUCAAUACAUUAUGUAGUAAAAUAUUUAAGGCAUUAUAAAGGUGCGAAUAAUAUUUAAGAUCUCUAUAUGUUACCCAAAUUCUAGAAAACUUGUAUUAUAAUUGUAAGAGAUUUGACACACUAUUGGUACUGUUUUUACAGAUUUGAGCGCCAGUAACAUGGCACGCGCGAUGCCGUCUUUAUCGCGCGGAAAACUAUCGCCAUCUCGCUUUUUAUUAUAAAGUGAACAGCAUUGAGCGUCCGUGGUCGAAUCGAUAAGGUGCCUUUAAAAUGCGUGAUGCACAUACAGGCACAGGAUCGAAUCCCACCUCGGCCAUGUAGCAAUGACUAUUUUCAAAGAUAUUUACAUUAGUUUGAAUACUAACCGAUGCUCUCAUGGUAAAAUCAUUGCGAGAAAACCUACAUAUUUAGGCAACUGGAUGUGUAGCCAUGAUCGAUUAAAUAUGAGUCAGGUUUACCUGCAAAAGUCGCGGAGGUCAGAUGGGAGUCGCUUCCUGUAAAAACCUGACUCACCCAAUCCAGUAUACAUUGUCAAAGGCAUACCCCGGGCUCUUCUCCAGAGGGAUGAGGAUGCAAACGGGGCUAAAGCCAGGAGGUGGGAUAAGUGAUAGUUUAUCGCCGCGAUAAAAACGGCAUCGCGCGUGUCAUGCUAUGCUACAGAGGCAGGUAAUGUAUUCACGAAGCUUUAUAAGGCAAUAUGUCUUAUCUAUGCUCCCUAUAUAUUUUUCUCGGAUUACCUAGGUAUAACUAUCUUAUCUAUGCUCCCUAUAUAUUUUUCUCGGAUUACCUAGGUAUAACUAAGCGGUAGGUAAAGCUUAAACAGUAAUAGUGAUAAAUUUAUUAAUUUUGAGGUACAAAUUUUAUUUGAUACUUGUAGAUUUAAGUAUGUAUUUAUUUCCAAAAUGUAUGUACCUCGUUAUUAUUUUAAUUAAUCGGUUGGUGGAACUGAUAUUUUAAUGUUCUAAGUUAAUCAGUAAAAAUGUAACUAUUUGAGUCGAAUACUUACAAUUUUCACAAUGUUACUAUUGUUUAAUUUGUAUGGUCAAAACAAUGUUGUACUCUGCCGCAACGCCCCCUGUUGGAAUUUUUCUUCUACCUAUGGCAAUUUAAUGUACAACAGAAGAAUAUUAUGUACAAAAAACAAUUUAGUAUGUACAUACAGUAAAUUUGAGAAAAAAUGAUACUUUAUAGGGCGCUGCUAGAGAGAGAGGGUAUACUAUACAGCAACGCCACUCAGAAUACUUACUUGUAUUUAUACUAGAAAGCUGAUUUUUGAGUUAGACGAUGUACGACCGUUUAUUAGUAUGUACGUCUUAGAAUAAUAAUGAAAAUAUAAGCAACUAUUGUUUUAUCUAACUUUAAAAGAAAUGCCUUGCAAAGCCUUAUUAUUUAUUAACGAAUAAAUUGAUUAGAUACUGUACUGCAGGCCAAUUCUGCUAUUUUAUUUUUAGCCGAAACGGAUCUGAAACGCUUUGAUGACAACUUUUGGUAUUCUACUAACCAUUUUUCAAAACGAAGUCGUAUCGCAUUGGUUACACAGCCGAAAGGGUUCGGUUGUCGUAUUCUGCUAAAGGACACGUAAAGUUCCGUUUGCCGUUCGGCUAUUAUUGCGUAUUCUGAUAACUUUUUGACAGUUGGUCCGGCCGAAACACAACGGUUCUGCGUUAGUUGAAUUGUCAAAAGUUGCGGUUUUGCAUCGGCAGCAAAGGUUUAACUUUUGCGAAAUUUUGCGAUUAUCUUGUGAUAAAAUUGUAAGGUAGGUAAUUCCUUGAUUAUAUUAAAUUACCUUUUCGGGUGUUUAUUGUUGACUUAAAAUUUUUGUUCAGUCAAAAUUCAUUGUUAUUUCAUUGGUUACUCAUACCUUC